AUGUCUUCGUUGCCAUGCCUGAACUUUCUGCCCUUCAAUGCAGGAAGAACGAUGAAAGCUGCGAAAUCAAGUCGUAUUUUUUUUGGGACGAAAAAGAAAAGAUUGAUCCUCGUCAGUAGUAUUCUUUCUGGGAUGGAGAAUCACAAGUUCUUCCGAGUUGACCUUUCGUCCGGAUCUUCGUUUCGUUCGCUUCGGUCGCUUCGUCCGCUUUGGUCUGCCAUAAAGAGUGCUAUUGCCUGGACAGGAUUAUUGGCGAGGAAGAAGAUGCAGCUACGCUCCAGGAAACGGACCGUGGGAUUUGAUAUAACGGCAAAGUCCUCUCGAAAGCCUACAAGGUCUACAAGAUCGACAACGCCCACAGACAGAACGCAAGCAGCCCUGCUUCCCAAAACUCGACAGCUGCGCGCACGAGCCGCUGACAUGCUCCGAGUGCAUCGUCCAGCACAUCACUAUCACGCUGCAGAUCCGGGAAGCGGUGGUGCUUUCAGCAGGGACGAAGGGGAGGAGGAGGAGCAGGAGGACGACGACGACGACGACGACAAGGAGCCCGAACAUGAAGAAGCUCCGAGAAGCAGUCUGGCUGCUUUGCAGCUGUCCGCAGUGCGGCGCGCGUCUCACAAAGGAGGAUCUCUUCCCGAAACUGUCCCCAGACGGCAGGAAACAACUCGACCAACUCAUCAGACGCAAAGCCGCCGAAUCUCACCCCCGGUGGGUGUGGUGCAUCUCCCCGACCUGCUCGUCAGGACACAUCCACCAGCCCAGGAAGGAAACGCCAGCGCCGCAGGUAACCUGCAAAGCGUGCGGGCAUCAGGAGCUGUUUCUAUCACCGACUGCCCUGGCACGAGGGGUACACAUGCACUGAGUUUGACAGCAGCCAUCCGCUCAGGAUCAGCCGGAAGACGAGCGAGGAGGUCGUCAAGAACAUUAGCAAGGCGUGUCCAGGGUGCAAGC